CCCAAACAGGUGAUCCGGAUUGCUCAGACAGACGCCCAUUUCAUGUACACCUCUCUCCCUCUAUCUCUCUUACACACACAAACACCAGCUCGCCGGCGGGAGGCUUUCCGAUAUCAAUUUCCCCGCUCCUGCCUCCAAUUACUCCAAUUUCAAUUCGCAUGGCGGUUCCUCCAUCUCUCUCACUACUCCCUCAAGACACACACGCACACAUGUGAAUUCAAGAGCUUGCUAAGCUCUUGAAUUCGGAGAGCUCAUACGUGACAACUCGAGUAAUGGGAACAUUUGGAUACGUUGCUCCAGAAUAUGCUUGCACGGGUAUGCUGAACGAGAAGAGUGAUAUUUAUAGCUUCGGGAUACUAAUCAUGGAGGUUAUUACUGGAAGAACUCCUGUUGAUUAUAACCGACCGCAGGGAGAGGUUAAUCUAGUCGAGUGGCUGAAAAUGAUGGUUGGAAACACGACUUUCAUUGUACUAUUAUUAUUUGCAAAAAAAUAUUAAUUAAUUUAGUACUACUAUUAAAUUAGAGAACGUUGUAAUAAGUUUUGCUCGUUUUAA